UGACAGUUCUUGAAAUUGGAGGAUUUCUAGUUGAAAUUCGUGUCCUGAGUUGGUUUGGAAUUAACUAACUAAGCUCGUCGUGGUUUUCCUUUUCACUUCAAGAGUUAUUGGAAACUGUCAUGAGUAUUCUGUCCUGUGAAGUGAUUUAAACCUAAGAACGCGGGAAAUUCGAGUGAAAGUGAACAUAUCCUUGGAUAUCCAUGCCCUUAACUGUGGCUGAUAUUUCAGAAUAUUUUGUGAGAAAGGCACUUGUAAAGGAGUCGAAACCAUGCUUACGGAAAGAGUGUUUAUGCGGAAAACGAAGCGGGGGAACAUCCUAAAGAUUGUUCGUGAGCAUUAUCUUCGUGAUGACAUAAUUUGUGGAUCGGCAAUUUGCAAACAUUGCCCAGUUUCUAUGCAAAAUGACGACGAUAUUGUGUUGGUGGCUAAUCCUUCGGCUGAAAGUAGUUUAUUCAAAUUCCCAAUCUAUUUGGUACCAGAUACUAACGUGAUUCUCGACCAAAUCGACAUUUUCGAAGAAGAUGCCAUUUGCAAUAUGAUCAUUUUGUCCACUGUCCAGGAAGAGGUGAAACAUAGGAGCUCUGCUGUGUACAAAAAGUUUCGCGACAUUGUAGGUCGCAGUCCACGACAUUGUUAUGUUUUUGUUAAUGAACAUCACAAGGAUACCUACGUUGAACGCAAACCUGGGGAAACAGCUAAUGACCGCAACGAUCGAGCAAUCCGAACAGCCACCAAGUGGUAUGAUGAGCACUUGCAACAAAGUCAGCUGAAUAUUCCCAAGGCGAAACGAAUUCGCGUUGUACUUUUAACCAAUGACGCGAAAAAUCGGGAAAUUGCUCAGAAUGAAGGCAUACUUGCAAUUUCAGUCGAUGAAUAUGUGAAGUCAUUAACGGAACAUCCACUUCUCCAGGAUAAAUUAAAACACAAAACUUAUGAAGUGGAAAGUUCGAAGAACGCUUUAUUCCCACCGCAUCUUUCGCCAGCGGAAAUCCACGAGGGAAUUAAGUCUGGUGCAUUACUCCAGGGAAGCUUUAUGGCAUCUCGAGAAAACUAUUUGGAAGGAUCGGUUAAUGUGGAAGGGAUUGAGAAAUUUGUACUGAUUCAAGGUCGUGAAAGUCUGAAUCGCGCAGUUGACGGUGACGUUGUUGCUAUUCGGCUUCUCCCAGAAGAUCAAUGGUCAGCUCCGAGCGAAAUCAUUCUUCAAGAUGAAGAAAACGAUCCAGGCGAUGUUCUCGAGGAAGAAACUGAGAUUCUUGCUGUGAAAGCUGAAGUUGAAAAAACACCAACAGGUGUGAUUGUUGGAAUCAUUCGACGCAAAUGGCGACAAUAUUGUGGAAUUCUACAAAUAAAUCAAGUCAGUGGUUCCACUCGACACAUCUUCGUACCGGCUGAACGUAAAAUUCCAAAAGUGCGCAUUGAAACUCGUCAAGCUGAACAUUUGAAAAUGCAACGGAUUGUAGUUGCCAUCGAUAAUUGGCCUCGUCACUCGCGCUAUCCAAAUGGGCACUUUGUACGUGCAUUAGGACCGCUUGGCGACAAAGACACUGAAAAUGAAGUUCUACUAUUGGAGCAUGAUGUACCGCAUAGUAAGUGGUCGGAGGAAGUUUUGAGUUGUUUGCCCAAAUUGCCUUGGAUUAUUACGAAUGAGGACUACGAAAGAAGAAAAGAUUUGCGGGAUAUCUUCAUUUGUUCAGUCGAUCCUCCAGGCUGCACGGAUAUCGACGAUGCAUUGCACUGUCGAGAACUACCCAACGGGCGUUUGGAAGUGGGCGUGCAUAUUGCUGAUGUCAGUCAUUUUAUUCGACCUGGAACCGCUUUGGACAAGGAAGCUUCGUUACGUGCUACCACUGUUUAUUUGGUAGAUAAGCGUAUCGACAUGGUACCGGAAUUAUUGAGCUCAAAUCUAUGCUCAUUACUUGGAGGCGUUGAACGAUUUGCUUUCUCGUGUGUUUGGGAAAUGGAUCAUAAUGCCAACAUAUUGGAGACACGUUAUCAUAAAAGUGUAAUUAAAUCGAAAAGCGCAAUGACCUAUGAGCAGGCUCAGUUGAUUAUUGAUGAUCCUACUCAGAAUCAUGAGAUUGCCAAAUCAUUGCGGCACUUAAAUAGAUUGGCGAAGAUAUUGAAGAAGAAGAGAAUUGAAAAUGGUGCAUUGAUUUUGGCAUCACCUGAAAUUCGUUUCCAAGUUGACAGCGAAACCCAUGAUCCUAUCGAGGUAGAAGCGAAAAAGAUGCGCGAAACCAAUUCAAUGGUAGAAGAGUUCAUGUUGUUAGCCAAUGUAUCUGUCGCGGAGCACAUAGAGCGCGAAUUUCCUGAAUGUGCGAUGUUACGUCGUCAUCCUAAUCCACCGCAAACUAAUUUCGAGCCACUAAUCAAGGCAGGAGAAAACCAAGGAUUCGAAAUCAAAACAGAUUGUGGAAAGAAUUUAGCUCUUUCGUUAGAUGCUGCUAUUAAGGAGGAUAAUCCUUACUUCAAUACUAUGCUGAGAAUCCUGGCAACCAGGUGUAUGAUGCAGGCUGUGUACUUCAUAAGUGGGACAGUUCAGAAUGAGGAAUACUUCCAUUAUGGUCUCGCCGCGCCUAUUUAUACGCAUUUCACAUCACCAAUUAGAAGAUAUGCUGACAUAAUCGUCCAUCGUCUACUGGCUGCUUCGAUAGGGGCAGACAGUACUUACGCAGAGCUGUUGGAUAAGCAUCGCAAUUCGGAGCUGUGUAACAAUUUGAAUUAUAGAAAUCGUAUGGCUCAAUAUGCAGGACGUGCGUCGGUUGCCCUGAACACACAUUUGUUCUUCAGAGGCAAAACUCAAGAGGAAGAAGGCUACGUCCUAUUUGUUCGUAAGAACGCUCUGCAAAUCCUUGUUCCUAAGUUCGGCUUGGAGGGAACAAUCUACUUGAAUAUUCCGAAAGAUAAUAGCAGACAUAAGCCUGGAGCACCUGUUUUUGUCUUCAAUAAAGAUGAACAUACUCAACAAUGUGGUAAUAUUAUUUUCCACUCAUUUGACCCCGUUGUUGUCCGACUUAGCUUGGACUCAACGAAUGUUCAGCGCGAGAAGUUAGUUUUCGAACUAGUUAAGCCAUACAUUGAGGGUUUCAGCGUGGAACCAAUGGAACUUUCAGUUGACGAUAAUGAUGAUCAAAAAGCGUCAGAUAAGGUUUCAGAGUCAACCCCUAAAAGACCCAUUGGCAAUGCUGAUGAAAAUAAGCCGAAAAAGAAAAAAAAUAAAAAGACUAAGAAAUAAUAUCAAAGUUUGUUAUGGAAUUUCGUAUAUUUUAAAUCAAAAGAAAAAUUAAAACAACAAUAAAAAGGGAAUUUUCC